AUGGGUGCUUGUCCAAUUUUUGAUACAGCAACCUUACAAUGCGAACUGUGCAAGAAUAUAACACCAAAGCACAGUGCCUAUGUCUGUGAAUCUGGUCAUACCAUAUGUAUGAAAUGCGACGAUGAUCUGAAUGAAACUCACGAAUAUUCUGUAAAAUGCAACUUAAAUAAAGCUAAAAUAAUUGACAUUGCAAGCAGUGAAAAUAUCAUAACAAAUGAUUUAGCCGGUGGUGAUUAUGUUAAACGCAAAACCAGAAAAGCGAAUGAAAACGUUAAAAGGAAAACAAGUAAACAUAAAGCUGAAGGAACCGAUAAAACAAGUCAUCCGAAAAAAAAUUUUAGACAUACAAGCAAUACAGUUGAGACCACCAUAGUUUACAAGAAUUUUGGUUUUGACAACAAUGAUAGUGUGAAGAGCCAUGAAUCUAAUGAGAUAGAAAAAAUAAACGUAAGACCAAUCACUUGUCCCGUGUCUAACUGCAGAAAGACGGUUGCAUUUAAUUCAAUUUUGAAACAUUUCACUUUCGACCAUUCAGCAAUACCCACUUUACCGAUUAACAUCAGAAAAAGUUUGAAAAUAUACUUAAAACCAACGAAUUUGUCAAAGGAUACCAAAUGCGUGGCUAUUAUUAAUCCAAUAGGAAGUAAGGCAACUUUAUUGCUUAUGGCAGCCAAAAUUUUACAUACAAAUCACACAAUCCAUGAACAUAAGCAGGUCUCUAAAAACAAUUUCAAGUCCAAUAAAAGCGCACAAGAUAUAAAUGGAGACGGACAUCUUGAAGAAAACCAAAUAAAGGGACAAGAAGACAUAAUUAUUUGGAUUUGUAGAUUAACUGAGUUUAAGCAAGUUUGUUGUGUAAAAGUAAAACGCGAUAAUAUUCUAGGCUACAGCUAUAUUGGAGAAGGUUUAGAUUUACAAAGUCAGCCACAGAACCCUUUAAGUGUAUUUAACAGUCCAGAAUGUUUAUUAUUAAGAUAUUAUUCCAUACCUAAACUAUUGGAUGACCAGGAACAGAUUCAUGUGUAUAUUAAUAUUUUAAAAUAAAAAAAGCUAUUUUAAUUUUA